AUGUCAAGAAGCGAUCAGAACCCUCUCCGCGAGGAAAAUCUAGGUCUGCUGGCCGGUCACAUCUCCGACGUCGAGAGCGAUGGCGACAUCUUGGACGAAAAAGCUCGCCUCUCUUCCUCUUCCUCCGCCUAUUGGACCAGACUCCGGCGACUCGCCGGCCCGUGGCUCCGCACCCGGUCGGCGUCGUCGUGGCGGCCGCUGCUGCUCCGCCUCGCCGUCUUCCUCGUCCCCAGCUUCCUCCAAGGCCGCCACGCCCGCGAGCAAAUGAUUCGACCUGCAACCCGUCUCGCCCCUACAGCCUAUCUCGACGGCAUGCGCGGUGUCGCCGCGCUCUUCGUCUUCUUCUGUCACUACUUCUACCAGGCCUUCAUCAUCGCUGAGGGCUGGGGCGCGGGCGAGACCAACUACAGCCUCCUCAAGCUGCCAUUCAUCCGCCUCUGGUACCAGGGCCCGCCUGCUGUCUGCCUCUUCUUCGUCAUCUCAGGCUACGCCCUCUCUUACCGCCCGCUCAAGCUCGUCCGUAGCCGGGCCACCGCCGAUGCGCUCACUGCCAUUAGCUCCCUCGCUUUUCGCCGCGCUAUUCGCUUAUACCUGCCCACAGCUAUUUCCACGUUUCUCAUCAUCUGCCUGCUGCGCGUCGGUGCUUACGAGUGGACGCGAGAGUUUGCCACUGACAGGACGUACAUGAGGAACGUUGUCGAAACCCAUCCCCUUCGAAUGGAGUUUGCUUCGGACCAGUUUAUCGAUUGGGCCAAGCACAUGUAUCGCUUCGUUCAUGUGUUUGACUGGAGCAAGUUUGGAGGUAGCACUACCUAUGAUGUCCAUCUCUGGACAAUUCCUGUCGAAUUCCGCUGCUCACUGUACCUGUUCUUGGUCCUUAUCGGCACCGCCCGCCUGCAAACCAAAUUUCGAUUUCUUGUCGUCGCCGGUAUCAUGUGGUUCGUCUACACACACUCGCGCUGGGAGUUGCUCCUUUUUCUCUGUGGCAUGGUCCUGGCUGAGAUGGACCUGAUUCGCGGUGCGCACAAAGCCUCCGCCUCUUCUUCUCCCGAUUUGCCACUUCGCGACGGCUCCCCUGUACCCCGUCCUCGCUGGAAGCGUGCCUUCUGGGGCGGCGUCAGCAUCCUCGGCCUGUACCUGAUGUGCCAGCCCGAUGUCAAGGGCAGCAUUACACCCGGCUGGGUCUGGUUGCACGCGCAGAUCCCCGUCUGGUGGAGGGAAGAGCCUUACCGCUACUACCAGUCGCUUGGUGCUGUCAUCUUUGCCUUGGCUGUCGGCCACUCCCCGUCGUGGCAGGCCGUGUUCAACACGGCCGCUGUGCAGUACCUUGGCAAGAUCUCCUACGCCAUCUACCUCAUGCACGGCCCGGCCAUGCACUGCAUCGGCUACCACUGGGAGCGGAUGGCCUACGCCAUCACCGGCACCGACGGCUAUUGGUACAAUGCUGGCUUCGUCCUCGGCGCCGUCUUCUGCAUCCCCACGGUGGUGUGGUGCGCCGACAUCUUCUGGAGGGCCGUCGAUAUCCCGACGGUCAAGUUUGCCAAGUGGGUGGAAUCUAAAUGCAUUGUUCAGGCGUAA